AUGUUCGAGGACGUCAACCAGAUGGCCGACGAGAUCUCCCAGCGUUGCUCUCUUCCCGGUCUGCGCUCUCUUUCCAGCGCCCCCAGCCCAGCAGACAUGACCGAGGACCGUCGACUACCACCUCUCCCCCGCGUGGAGCCAUUGCCGCGGGGUCCCUUUAACCCGUUCAACACCCACGUCUUUGCCCCCAGUCCGCCCAGCUCGCAAGACACCUUCCCCGUCAAGUCCCCCUGGCCCGCCGGCGAACAGAUUGUCACGCCGCCCUCCCCCGCCAACUCGGCCGACAGCUCCUGGGCCGAGGCCUACCAAGCUCAGAAGGUCUUUGAGUGGCCUCAGGAUCUCUCCUCGGCCGAGCUCCUGAACCUCAUCGCCCCCAAGCAGAUCAACCGCAAGCCCCCGUUGCAGCAGCUGUGCGGCCGCAAGCGCAAGGGCAGUUUCAUCUCGGGCGAGCCCGACGACCAGCGGGAGAAGCACCGGAUCGCCGAGGGCAACCGCCGCAAGAACCUGAGCCAGCUGCACCGCGAACUGGACAGCCGCAUCCAUGACUUCUUCCUGGAGCGCGCGGGCUGGAACCCGUCCAAGAGCCUCCCCGAGUCCAAGGAGCACAUCGUGCAGGGCGCCAUCUUCCUGAUCGACUUUAUGCUCCUGAUCAUCGUGCAUCUCAUCCGCCAGGAGAACGAGAUGCCGCGCCAGCUGUCCGAGAAGCUGCAGCCGCAGGUCCGCUGCAUGCAACUGCAACAGCUCGUCGCCAACCUGCAGCAGCAGAACCAGACCGCGCAGCAGCAGCUCAAGGCCGUCAAGCAGGAGAACCAGAUGCUGGAGGAGCGCAACCAGGCCCUCGAGCUGCAGCUCAAGACCUACGAGCAGAUGUUCCGCUCCCCCAAGACCGAGCAGCCCUCCCCCAAGCCGCUCACCCACCUGCCCGAGGCCAAGCCCCGACACGCGCUGCCGGGCCUGCGCGUCUUCUGCGAUGAGAUCGCCGCCAGCAGCCCCGAGUCCGCCCGCAUGGAACCCCUCCACACGGGCACCUCGCAGUCCUUUGGAUCGACCUAUCUCAGCCACACCCCUCCCCUGACCGGACCGUCGUCGCCGGUGUUUACCUCCUCAGCGUACUCGGUCCCGACCUCGCGGCGCCAAUCGGUGAACCCGAUGCCGUGA